GAUCCGACAUAAUCGUUUCAGCCGUCUUCCUUUCCUCUCUUCCCUCCUCCCUUUCACCUUUCCCUGAGUUGACCUUUUUUCAAUUCAGUUUCACAUCAUACACAAUGGCCUCCGAGAUGGCAACCCACUUGAAGCCCAACGGCGGUGCUGAAUUCGAGAAGAGACACCACGGCAAGACCCAAUCUCACGUCGCCUUUGAGAACACCUCGACCUCAGUUGCUGCUUCGCAGAUGCGCAAUGCCUUGAACAACCUCUGCGAUUCGGUUACCGAUCCUGCUGAGAAGCAGCGCUUCGAGACCGAGAUGGACAACUUCUUUGCCCUCUUCCGCAGAUACCUCAACGACAAGGCCAAGGGCAACGAGAUCGAGUGGUCCCGCAUCGCUCCCCCAAAGCCCGAGCAGGUCGUCGCAUACGAGGACCUGCCCCAGCAGGAGUCCGUUGACUUCCUCAACAAGCUCGCCGUCCUCAAGCUCAACGGUGGUCUCGGUACCUCGAUGGGCUGUGUCGGCCCCAAGUCAGUCAUCGAGGUCCGCGACGGUAUGUCCUUCCUCGACCUUUCGGUCAGACAGAUCGAGUACCUCAACCGCACCUACGGUGUCAACGUUCCCUUCGUGUUGAUGAACUCGUUCAACACCGAUGCCGACACUGCCAGCAUCAUCAAGAAGUACGAGGGCCACAACAUCGACAUCAUGACAUUCAACCAGUCAAGAUACCCCCGCAUCCUCAAGGACUCGCUCCUGCCUGCUCCUAAGUCGGCCAACUCCCAGAUCUCCGACUGGUACCCUCCCGGUCACGGUGACGUUUUCGAGUCGCUUUACAACUCCGGCAUCCUCGACAAACUCCUCGAGCGUGGUGUCGAGAUUGUCUUCCUCUCCAACGCCGACAACCUCGGCGCUGUCGUUGACCUCAAGAUCCUCCAGCACAUGGUCGACACCAAGGCUGAGUACAUCAUGGAGCUGACUGACAAGACCAAGGCCGACGUCAAGGGUGGUACCAUCAUUGACUACGAGGGCCAAGCCCGUCUCCUCGAGAUUGCCCAGGUUCCCAAGGAGCACGUCAACGAGUUCAAGUCAAUCAAGAAAUUCAAAUACUUCAACACUAACAACAUCUGGAUGAACCUCCGCGCGGUCAAGCGUAUCGUCGAGAACAACGAGCUUGCCAUGGAGAUCAUCCCCAACGGCAAGUCGAUCCCCGCCGACAAGAAGGGCGAGGCCGAUGUCAGCAUCGUCCAGCUCGAGACAGCCGUCGGUGCCGCCAUCCGCCACUUCCACAACGCACACGGUGUCAACGUGCCCCGUCGUCGUUUCCUCCCUGUCAAGACCUGCUCCGAUCUGAUGUUGGUCAAGUCUGACUUGUACACCCUUAAGCACGGCCAGCUGAUCAUGGACCCCAACCGCUUCGGCCCCGCCCCUCUCAUCAAACUUGGCGGUGACUUCAAGAAGGUUUCCAGCUUCCAAAGCCGUAUUCCUAGCAUUCCCAAGAUCCUCGAGCUCGACCAUUUGACCAUCACCGGUCCUGUCAACCUCGGUCGUGGCGUCACCUGCAAGGGUACUGUCAUCAUUGUUGCCAGUGAGGGCCAGACCAUCGAUAUUCCCCCAGGUUCCAUCCUCGAGAACGUUGUUGUCCAGGGUAGCUUGAGACUUCUCGAGCACUAGAAAAAAAAACUCAUUCACAAGGCGCGCGUCAUUAUGGAACAGGUUCAAGAGACGCAGUAGAUACCACGGAACAUUCAGUAAUUAUUUCAUCUUCAAGUCAUGGCAAAUUCAUGCAUUCUUACCCUCAACAUAAUCGCUGCCACGCUCUCAAACUCGUUACAACAUGUAAUUGAUGGAGCGUCAAGGUUCAAAUAAUGUCGUUUCGGAAAUUGCGGGAUGCAUCUACUGACCUCAUAGCGGCGGAUUCUUGAACAUGGACGCGACGUUCGCAGACACGGCUUGGGUACCUAGGUGGGCAGAUCAUUCUCACGUAACAGUCAAGGCAUAACUGCUAGGCCAGCGGACAAUGGAGGGUCAGGUUUAA